UCAGUCUUACAGUAGAUGGGGACUGCGUUGGUCACAGGACGGAGAAAAGAUAGUGGCUGCACCUGUUCAUGGUCUCACUCUCUAUUCACACUAUCUGCAACAAGAACAACCACACCAUGGUGCUGAAUUGUACCCUGAUAGAUGAUGUGCUGGAGAGGUAUUAUUUGUCCCCAUUCUAUGCUAUUGAGUUCUGCAUCGGUUUCCCUGGCAACCUCUUGGUCGUGCUCGGCUAUAUAUUUUGCCUGCCAGUCUGGCACAGCUGCAACAUUUACCUCUUCAACCUGGCAGUCUCCGACCUCAUUUUCCUCUGCACGCUGCCACGCCUCUCCUACCUCUAUGCAAACGAGCAAGUGGAAACCAAUCCGUAUGCUUGCAUUAUCAACCGCUACGUCCUGCACGUCAAUCUCUACUCUUCCAUCCUCUUCAUGGUCUGGGUUUGCAUGGACCGCUUCCUGCUCAUAAAGCAUCCGAUGAAGAACCACUACCUGCUGAGGCCUCGGGCGGCCCUGCUUGUGGCAGGGCUGAGCUGGCUGGCCGUCAAUGUGGAGGUGGCUCCAAUGAUAGCGCUGAUGGUUCAGGACCUGCAGAGUGGAAACUGGAGUCUCUGCAAGGAUUUUGCCAGCCUGAAAGGAGAAGUUAACCCGUUUGGAUACAGCCUGGCGCUCACCUUGACUGGUUACAUCCUUCCCAUGGUUGCAAUGUGUGGUUUCUCCUACCAAAUCGCACAUCUGCUCCAUGUCCAUGAAAGGGCUCUGCAGCACAGGGCCACAUCGUACAAGAAGACUCUGAGGGUCGUUGCCUCAGCGGCGGCCAUGUUUCUGGUUCUCUACACUCCGUACCACGUGCUGAGAAACGUUACGAUAGCCAUCUGGCAGCCCUGGGCAGGAGUGAAGCUCUGCACGGGGAUGUACGUGCAAGGCCUGUACAUCUUGACCCGACCCCUGGCCUUCAUGCACAGCGUCAUCAACCCCGUCUUCUACUUCCUCAUGGGUGACAAGUUCAGACAGCUUCUGUUUGCUAAGCUCAGGAAGCUGCUCAGGAAGACAGAACGGCCAAGACAACCAGCCUGACAAGAUCCCUGCAUGAAAAGGUAUUGCACGUCCACACAUGUGAAAGAGCUCUCUCUUUACAUAUUGUAUUUUAUUAAAAAUGUCGCCUAUAUGCUUUCCCUUGUUUCAUUUUGUAUAAUUGUGUAAUAUUUUCAUAGAUAUAGGCAAAUUUCCAUCUAUCAAAAUAUUGUCAAACUGUGAGUUAUUAUUGAUAUUGAGGGACAUUUUUGGUGACUAUUAUUAAUGAUAUUUUGUAUUGACCUCACAUUAUUUUUUGUAAAUUGAUUUUAAUAAAUUCAUAUAUUGUAACUGAGACAAAUUCUCUUUCAAUGUUUUUUAAAAUAAAGUAACUGGUAAACAAACUUCAUGCAUUUAAAGGUCAGUCCUUGUUACUGUUUUAAUAUUAAAGCUCAGUUUCUAUCUGUUUCUGUACUUAUAUUAGUUCUGAAUGUAAUAAAAUAUACCUUGACUCAUAACUGGCUGUUUCUCAUUUUACUAAGUGAUGGAGGAUGACAAAUAUCAACUGUGUAAGUUUCCGCCUUCACAUAAAACACAUUUUAUGUUUCAACAGUGGCUAAAUCAGUAGCUUCCUCUGAAGAAAAUAGUUGUGAAACACGUUUUGAGUUCUGUAUACAUUUAUUAUAAUUCUUUUCCAC